AUGGACGAAAAGGAAAGCGUAGAAUCACAAACAAUGGACGAAAAAGAAAACGUAGAAUCCCAAAGUUUGGACGAAAAGAAAAACGUAGAAUCCCAAAGUUUCGACGAAAAGGAGCGAGAAGUGAUGGAAUUCCUGCAGAAAAAACUAUGCAGCGAUGGUAAAGAACUCACGGAGUCGCACGUAACGAAUCUAACAGCGCCGGGCGAGAACUAUUGGAGCGACAUGCUCAAAAUCGACCUGGUGCUUAGAGACAUUUCCACGGGCAACCUGGAGGAUUUGCACCUUUGCGCCAAAUGCGUUACCACCCACGAGGAUUUUAUGGGCGACAUGACCGCCCGAGUGUUCCAAACGGAAAUCGAUUUCUACAAAACAGUCCUGCCUGCCAUGCAAUCGUUCCUGAAGAAGCGCGGAUUGCAGGAGUUGGAGUUUUUCCCGCGAGUAGUCUGCGAGAGGCUCAAUUUGCAGGAGACUGGCGACUCGCCCGAUUCCCACGCUUUACUAAUCUUGGAGAAUUUGAAAUCGAAAGGGUACACGAAUUUGGAUAGGCACACAGGCUUCGAUUUCGAUACGGCGAAAUUAGUGUUGCGCGAUCUGGCGAUGUUCCACGCAGUGCCUCUAGCCAUGAGGCUGCUGGAACCCGAGGAGUUUCGGGAGAAAAUCGCGCCGAGAAUCGAGCUGUGGGACGGACCUCCGAAGCCGAAAGACGGGGAGCCGCAGCAAAAAUUCCCGGAGCCUCACGGUCUCUUCCGGCAGAUCCUGCAACAGGACGUCUUCUGCCGCAGCCACAUGGACGUACUCGAGAAAUUCCUGCAGAAGGAUAAGAAGAAGUUCGCGGAUGGUCAUCCUCCGAAGCAGUACGAAGGAGUAUUCGCGACGCUCUGCCACCAUGACAUGUGGCUGAAUAACACCAUGCAAAAAUUGGAGGAUGGUAAAGUGGUAGGCAACAAACUGGUGGAUUUUCAGAUGUACAAAGUGGAUAACCCCAUCGGGGAUUUGCUGUUCCUGCUGACGACCAGCGUGGACGUGCCGACGCUGCAGAACCACUUCGAUUACCUGCUGGGGUACUACCACGAGGUGUUCGUGAGGACUUUGGAGGCCUUGGGAGUGGACGUGAAACCGUUCGCUUACGAUCGCUUUCUGGUCGCCUUGAAGGAGUGCACGAGCGAGUCGUUCAUUCAAAUUAUCUUCAUGUCCGUUUUCAUCAUAUUCGCGAAAAAGGGCGAGAAGUCCAAUGUGAUGAAGAUGAACGACAAGCUGAUUGCAGACGUGCAUCCGGUGGCUAAAGCGAAAGUACAAUUCCUAUAUUCCGAGAUAGUAAAGAGGAAUUGGUACGAUUAG